AUGAAGGGCGCAACCCAGCCCCAGACGCAGCCUCUCGAAGACGGUCGGAAUGGCAACCACCUGUCUGAUGUCUCCAACGACGACCUUACAGAUGUCAUUUGUCUGCUAAAUCCUCAGUCAACCCUAGCACAUGCUGCUGUCAGGGCGACGAUGUUGUCAGGACCCCAACACAUACACCAGAACGACGAUCUGGAAGGCUUGACUGACUUCGAUAUCGCCCUGCCACAGUACCAGGAGCCUCGAGAGUUUGCUUUGCGACUCUCAUCUACGGUCAAGUCACCCAGGGACGGAUUCGUGUUCGGCAGGAACCCUGAUGCUUGUGACCUGUUGCUCACAGAUGACCCUGCUGAGAAACUAAUCAGCAACAAGCACUUCAAGAUCCAUGUCAAUAGUCAUGGCAGCUUGAUGCUGCAGGACAUGUCAACAAACGGCACCUUCGUUGAUGAUCAACACCUGAGAGCUAGGCGUCGAGACGCCAUGCAAAAGUCCCCUUCUCUGGCUCUCAAAAGUGGUACAAUCAUAUCAGUCGUCGGCGGAGGACAAGCUCGGGCAGAAACAAAGUUCCUGGUACGCAUUCCCAACCGAGGCAGCUUCGAAGACGAGUACGAGCGCAAUCUGCGACGGUACCUCGAACUGCGAGGCACUGUUGCAAACUUCGCCUCAAUGCGCGAGAGCGUCUACGGAAAUCAUUGGAAUGGCGGUGCCUUGUACAACUUUACCGGCAUCAUGGGUAAGGGCGCCUUUGCCAGUGUGUAUCGCGUGCAGACUAAGCGUGACGGAAUAUUCUACGCCGCCAAAGAGCUGGACAAGAGGCGCUUCAUCAAGAAUGGCAUACUGGACAUCAAGUUUGACAAUGAGCUCAAGAUCAUGCAGAACCUAAAGCAUCCAAACAUCGUUGAAUACAUCGAUACACAGAACUACGAGAACUGGGUAUACAUCAUCAUGGAAUUGCUCAAUCACGGCGAGCUUUCGGCAGAACUGCGCAGCCGUUCGUAUCUGCCAGAAGCGGAAGUACAACAAAUCACACGGCAGGUCCUGCACGCAUUGUACUACCUCCACCGGCGUGGUGUCACACAUCGAGACAUCAAACCCGACAAUAUUUUGAUUGCAUCCCGAGAUCCAUUGAUAGUCAAGCUAGGGGAUUUUGGGCUGUCAAAGUGUGUUACAGAUCAGGAGACAUUCCUCAAGACAUUUUGUGGAACGCUGCUGUACUGUGCUCCAGAAGUCUAUCCUGACUACAACUCGUAUGCACAGGGUGCACUGCCCAAAAGGCGUCGCAUAGGUGAGGCUGCGGCCAAGGCAUCACCCUACGAUGAAUCAGUGGAUAUGUGGUCUUUUGGGGCCGUCGUCUUCCACUUGCUUUGCGGCAAAGCACCCAUCACUGGUCGAGGAGACGAUCGCGGAGCACAAAUGCUCAGCAAUAUCAUGACCAAAGACGUGGACUUCGAGCCUCUUAGGCGACAAGGCGUCAGCGCGGCAGGCAUUGACUUUGUCGCAGGCCUACUCAAUCGUGAUCCUCUCGCGCGACCCAAGGAACCGGAAUGCCUUCGACACCAAUGGCUACGUGAUGUCCCGGACAUUCUCGAGUACGACGAAGAUGACUCGGGUGCAGAGCUGUUCCGUCGUGCUCUUGAUGCUGUCGAUGAAGCCCCAGAAGACGAAAUCAAUGAGGCUAUGCUACAACAGCUCAGUCAAUAUGCUGAGGUUGCUCGAGCCGGUGGCGCCGAUGAUGUGCAUUAUCCUAGCUUGCCCACUGGCGUUGGCAGCUCAAUGCUCGACACCGUGCCCCCUCUGCCACAGGCACGACUCUUUGGCGAGAUUACGCCAUCAGUACUGAAGAGUUCCGGCGUUUUCGGUGCGCCACUCGCAAUUGAGCGCGGCACGACUCCUGGUGAAGUCGAGGAUAGGUCAAACGUUGCUCAGGCAACGAGAGCGAUCCAACAUGGCCUCGAAAAUAUCAGUGUGAACGACUGGCGGAGCAGGUAUUCCGAUGACACUGACAUGAGUCACGCAGACUUUCCCCUUCCACCAGGCCGAGCACUUGCAGCUCCAAGUUUGCUGGGCGCUGAAGCACAAAUUGGGGACCUAAACAUGGCCUCUGGCUCCGCUGCUUUGGCAAGCAACAACGCGAAGACCUCUCACGAUGGCGGCAAACACAUAGAUCCAGCGCUGUUGCCAUCAGGUGCCCAAUCUCGACCACCCAUAAUCACAACCCAUGCCACGAAGCAGAAUCCAGGUGGUGAUAUCAUCGAUAAUGAGAACAUUCCGCCGACUCGUGAGGCGAACGACGGCAUCGAUGUCAGCAAAGGUACCGGGCACGUUGUAUCUCCGAGGAGGAAGGCCGUAACCUUUCAAGGGCAAGAGACUUCCUACGAAGGACUGCCACCACUGCCACUUGCGCAGACAAUGGACACUACGCCAAAGCGUGGGCCCGGAACCAGAAAUCCGUCGCAAGAGCAGUCACCCGUUGUGAAACAACAAACCGGUCUGGAGCCAGGUAUGGGUCAGUACGGUUGUCUGACAAGCGUGCCUGGCUCAUACAUAAACGUCACGAUCCCCCUGCUGCGACGAGAAACAGCCUGGGGCCGGUCACCGGCAUGCACUCAGCAGCACUACGACACCAGCGAUGUUUGUAUCGCGCGCAUGGCGCUCAAGAUCCAUUUCCAUUCGCGGGGUGUGGAGGAGGUCGAGCAAUCUGGCGGUGACUGGACCAUGGUCGAAGGCAUUGAAGCGUUGGUCUCAACGUCGACAUCUACAUACAUUCGCAUCAACGAUGUCAAACUCCGCAAGAGCACCGACGAUGGCCAUGAUUUCCUUUUCGGAAAGAUCUAUGAUGGAGAUGUCAUUACUGUCGCCGACGAAACGCAAGCGGAUGGCAGAUUUCUCAAAUUAAAGGCAGAAAUACUUAUCGGAGACAGUGCUCGUCCCCGGCCAGAUGAUGAGGCAGGCUUUCAAAUUCAGCAGAUCAGGACCGAAAAGUGGAAGGAGCAUUUGGCGGCGGUGGUAAAUUGA